AUUAAACACCCACUCUAAAUCUACACCCUCCCUUGCAUCCAUCCCCCUUCAUUCCGCUCCGUGUUUGCAAUGUGAGCCACGCAGUGGUUCCAGCUCUGAUCCUUAAAGGCCUCUCUCAGUAACGCUGCAGGAAAGCGAAAGUAAAAGGAGCGGAGGCCGAGAAACGAAACUCUCUUUCCGACUGAAGGAAGAGACAAUUUGCGUUCACGGUCUCCACUGCGAGAGUCAAGAGAUUGCUGCUGUGAGCGCUGACGUCUCUGGAAGUAAUGGCAACAUCAAACAUUGGUUUAUACAAAGCUGAGGAGCAACUCCAGCUAUAUGCAGCUGAAGUUGGAAAGCUUUUGCAAUGGGAAUACAAACAGGAUGGGCCCCCUCACGACAUUGUGUUCAUAUUCAGUGCAGUAAUUGGUGAAGAAACAUUCCCAGAAGCUAAGGGGAAAACCAAAAAGGAAGCCAAGGACAAUGCUGCCAAACUUGCUGUAAAGAAACUGAACAUUGACUUGCCUGUUCACAGUGGUCCUCGGAUAUCUCCAACCAGCACGGGAAACUAUAUCAGCAAGCUCAAUGAGUACGGGCAGAGGAAAGGCAUCCAUCUCGAUUACAGGUUUACAUCACUUGCCACAGGCAUGGACCACGCUCAAAAGUUUUCAUGCUAUGUUAUCAUGGAUAAAAAGGAAUAUCCAUUAGGCUAUGGUCGAAACAAACAACAGGCCAAGCACGAAGCAGCAAAACUCGCCACUGAGGAAAUUUACGAACUUUCAUCACUUUAUGAGAAUACUAGAAAACUCAAUGUUGAUGAUGGAGAACAACACAAGAGCACUGCAGAAGACUCCACUGACCAGAAUCUCAGAAGGCUCACAGAAGUCAAGGCUUGUGAGACGGUCAAGAGAGAUGAUGAGUCCAUAUCCACAGUCAGUAUGGAUCAGUCCUGUAGCUCGAAAAAUGCCAUUGGACAGUUGAAUGAGUAUUGCCAAAAACAGAAAUGGUCCUGCACGGCUGUGGAAGUGGAUAAACAUGGGCCAUCUCACGCUCCAAAAUUUACUGUGAAAUUUGUAAUAAAGGGCAUAUCUUUCCCAAGCGCCUCUGGAAAAAACAAACAGGAGGCCAAACAGAAAGCUGCAGAGCUUGCUUUAAAUCAACUGCAGAACGAAUCAAACAGUUUUUCACAAGACGGACUUCCACCAAAGAGGCAUUCUGCACAGUCAGAUGGUUCCAGCUUCAUCUUUUUCGAAGACUCCGAUACUCAGUCUCGUAAAGUGGAUACUACUACUGGAUCCAGAUCAAAACGCGUGAGGCCAUUAGCACCAAACUUUUCUCGCUUGGACACAGAAACGAAUACCUCGUCUUCUCAGAAGAACAAUAGCAAUGGACAAGAUCAAGACCUGGAAAUGAAAAUCAAUGGCUUUUCAGAGUUUGAAGAAAUCGGAGGAGGUGGUUUUGGCCACGUUUACAAAGCUAAGAACAAUGUUGAUGGACAGUACUAUGCCAUCAAGGAAGUCUUAAUGAAGAAUGAGAAAACAAAACGUGAAGCUGAAUCCUUGGCAAAGACAGAACAUAAAAAUAUAGUUCGAUACCACAACUCCUGGAUUGGGAAAAGCUUCCAAAAAGACCGCUGGCUCAAGGAAUCUCUCUUUAUUCAAAUGGAGUUGUAUGAGAAGAACUUGAAAGAAUGGAUGCUAGAACCUCAAAAUAAUGAAUCCACUCGGAAUGGAGUUAUAAUGUCCAUUAUUCAUCAGCUAUUGGAUGGAGUUAUUUACAUACAUCAGAACAACAUGAUUCAUCGGGACAUGAAGCCAGCAAAUAUCUUCCUUAAAGGAGAAAUCAUAAAGAUUGGUGACUUUGGUCUUGCUACGAUGAUGAAUGACCAGGAAUCACUGACCAGAAACAUUGGGACACUUCAAUACAUGAGCCCAGAACAGCUUUCAGGCCAGGAUUACAACCACAAAGUCGACAUCUAUGCACUGGGCCUGAUAUUCUUUGAGCUUCUGUUCAUGUGUCAUGGGACUGCAAUGGAAAAAAGCAAGAAUUGGCCCAAUAUUCGAAAAGGAGACUUCCCGCCGUCCUUUCCGAAGGACUGUGAUGUCAAGACUCUCUUAAUCCGAAAAAUGCUGUCUGAAACUGCAAGUGAGAGACCAGAAGCAAAGGAUGUCAAGCAGAAUCUGGACCCUACAAAGCAAUCAAAAACCAUUUAAAGAAAUUUGAAAUGAGUGGACUUUUCCCAGCAACACUCUAGAAUUGAGAAAUCAACCGGUUCACCACUGUUAGUCUUAAUAAUCAAAAUUCAGUUGAGCCAUCUUUGAAACUUACUUUUAAUACUGUCAGAACCCAUGGGAUGUUGCAUUGUCUGCUAAUUGGAUUACUGUAAAGAAUCUAGAGUUGGCCUAAUGUAGUCAGUGCUUGACAACAAAAUGUGAGGCUGGAUGAACACAGCAGGCCAAGCAGCAUCUCAGGAGCACAAAAGCUGACGUUUCGGGCUUAGACCCUUCAUCAGAGAGAGGGAUGGGGUGAGGGUUCUGGAAUAAUUAGGCAGAGAGGGGGAGGCGGACCGAAGAUGGAGAGAAAAGAAGAUAGGUGGAGAGAGUAGGGAGGGGAUAGGUCAGUCCAGGGAAGACGGACAGGUCAAGG